AUGGCAGGACAAAUGGCUACCACAACCCACUUCAUUCAAACCUCAAAUUGGUAUUCAUACUUUGGGGAUGAGGCAAAAGUUGAGGCACUUAUUGAUGAAGGAACAAAGGAAUGUGAUCAUAACUUAAUACAGGCUACAUUCUCUCAGCAAGAAGCUGAACUGAUCAGUCAGAUUCCACUUAUAAAUUGUAACAGAGAAGACACUCUAAGAUGGAGAUGCACAGUAAAUGGAAUAUUCAUAGUGAGGAGUGUAUAUUACCUUCAAGGGGAAAUUCGAGAUAGGCAAAAGGGUCAAUGCUCACAAGUAACUCAAACUCAAGAAGAAUGGACCAGGAUUUGGAAGCUACUGAUCACACCAGCAACUAAGAACUUUAUGUGGAGAGCCUGUCUCAACAUUCUUCCUACUAAGGCUAAACUAAGCAAGAAGAAAAUUCUGGAUGAUCCAACUUGUCCUAUCUGUCUAAGAGAACCUGAAACAAUUGAGCAUAUACUUUGGGAGUGUCCAUCAGCUGCAGAUAUCUUGAGACAAUGUUCAAGGAAAAUUCAAAAACCCCAGAUAAAUUACAACAGUUUUAGGAACAUUGUGGAAGACAUGUUCAGCAAGCUUAAUCAAGAGGAAAUGGCAGAAUUUUCUAUGAUCCUAACCAGCAUAUGGUGGAAAAGGAAUCAAUAUGUGUUUAAAAACAUCAUGAUUGAUCCAAAGUCUAUGAUAUAUAGGAACUAG